UUCCAGUUUCUCCUUCAGUUUUUGCUCCACAACCAUGGCAGUUAUUCUCAAACUCAAGCUUUUCUCUCUCUUAAUCAUAGGAAAAUUAUCAAUUUCUUCGGGGGCGAUUUUCACUCUCCAAAAUAGCUGUAGCUACACAAUCUGGCCGGGAACUCUCUCCGGCAACGGCGCCGCCGUACUCGGAGGCGGCGGCUUCGCCUUGCCACCGGGAGGCACAAUCCAGCUUCCGGCGCCGCCGGGCUGGUCGGGCCGCGUGUGGGCAAGAACCGGAUGCAACUUCGACGCCGCCGGAAACGGCCAAUGCGCCACCGGAGACUGCGGCGUCGGGAUCAAGUGCAUCGGCGGCGGCGCGCCGCCGGCCAGCCUGGUGGAGUUCACCCUCGGUGGCGAUGCGGCCGCCAAGGACUUCUACGACGUGAGCCUCGUCGACGGCUACAACGUGGGGCUCGGCGUCCGGCCGUCGGGCGGGACCGGCGACUGCCAGAACGCCGGGUGCGUGACCGACCUCAACGCGAGCUGCCCGAAUGAGCUGCGCGUUGAGACCGGCGGCGGGGUGGUGGCGUGCAAGAGCGCCUGCGCCGCCUUCAACACCCCCGAAUACUGCUGUAGUGGCGAGCACGCGACUCCGGAUAAGUGCUCACCAACGCAGUACUCGAGGAUUUUCAAGGCGGCGUGCCCCACGGCGUAUAGCUACGCGUACGACGACGCGUCGAGCACGUGCACGUGCGCCGGGGCAGAUUAUCUCAUUACUUUUUGCCCGACGGGCUGAGGUGGAACGUUGUUUUAUUUUUUUUUGGUUACAAGAAACGUUGGUGUUUUGGUUUGAAGCUACACAAUUGUUUGCUUUGAUUUAGGUUGUUUAUUAGUUACAUUUUUGUUAAUUAUUCAUGGGAAAUAUGAUUAUUGUGUUUGGAAAUGUUAGUAUAUUGGAUUUAAGGAAGGCCCCUUCUCCUCAUAGCCUCAUA